AUGGCUACUGCGACGAGACUUGGAGAGGCGAAGAAUUUGAAGACUGCGGUAGAGCCUAAUACUGUUAUUUCCAAGCAUGAUAUGGGAUGGCGCCGGGUUGUUCGCAAUUUCACACCAUCAUGGUUCUCAGUCAAUAUGGGCACAGGAAUAGCCUCCAUUCUCCUCAACACUUUGCCCUACAACGGCCAAUGGCUGUAUUACAUUUCAAUCAUCCUUUUCGUGCUUAACCUGUCGCUUUUUUUCUUGUUUUGUACUCUGACAAUCGCUCGAUAUGUACUCUACCCCCGAAUUUUCGUCGCCAUGAUCCGGCAUCCCGUGCAGUCCAUGUUCAUUGGCACUUUUCCCAUGGGAUUUGCGACAAUCAUCAACAUGUUUGUGUUUAUUUGUGUGCCUUUGUGGGGCGAGUGGACGAAGAAUUUUGCCUGGGCAAUGUGGAUUUUUGACGCGGUUGUGUCGGUCUUCACGGCUUUUACCUUGCCUGCUCUUUUAAUGAUGCAUAUGAAGGAAAUGGAUCUGUCUUCAAUGACGGCCGUCUGGCUGCUGCCCAUAGUCAGUCCCAUUGUAGCGGCCGCUUCUGGGGCCGUCGUGGCUGAUAUCCUGCCUGAUCCGCGCCAUGCCUUCUGGACGGUCAUCGCCAGCUAUGUGCUUUGGGGGGUCGGCCUUCCUAUGGCUCUGAUGGUGACGACAAUUUAUUUGCAGCGAUUGACGCUUCAUAAAUUACCGCCCAAGGCACUGAUAGUAAGCGUGUUUCUCCCAUUAGGGCCGUUGGGACAGGGUGGAUAUGCGAUCCAAAAACUCGGCCUACUUGCUCAGAGUCUCUUCCCUAAGACCCAAUCAUCACACGCCCUCCCUUCCGCUGCGGGCGAUAUCUUUUGCGCCCUGGGCUUCAUCACUGCACUAAUACUCUGGGGGUUUGGACUAAUCUGGCUCUUCUUCGCACUUACAUCAAUUGCAUAUACGCGCAAAUUCCCCUUUAACAUCGGUUGGUGGGGUUUUACAUUCCCGCUAGGCGUGUUUGCAACAAGCACCUGUCAGAUUGGACGGGAAUUGGAGUCUUCCUUUUUCCUUGUUUUGGGCACCAUACUUUCGGUGGUCGUCACGAUGCUGUGGGUUAUCGUUACCGCUAGAACGAUACUGGGUGCAGUGGAAGGGAAAGUGUUUCAUGCGCCGUGUUUGGGGGAUAUGCAGCCCAUUAUUCGGGCGGAGACAAAAGGGGUUUAA